CAUCUCCAUCUUCAUCUCCAUCUUCAUCUCCAUCUUCAUCUCCAUCUCCAGUUUCCCCCUCCCUAAUCGAUAAGAGUGUUCCUGCAUUCGUUUGGUGGGGUUGAUCUCUCAAUCCAAACCCUAACAAGCAACGCGACCGUACUAGAGAAGGUUCAUCACUAGCCAGAGACCUACUAAUUCCACUAAUUCCCUAGUAAAUCACCCCAAGCUCCACUACAACUCUACAACUCCACAACUCUCUAUGUCAUCGACUCAACUCUCUCAAUAAUUUUCCUUCAUCUCGAAUCUCAAAACUCUAGAUCAUUCUAAUAUCUUCAAUCUUUGGACCCCAUUUUCCCCUUCUCUUCAUUCCUUCACAUUGGUUCUUUCCUGGGUUUUUUGAAAAUACGUAAUGUUCUUUUAAUUGCUAACUUGUACUACAAAAACCCACGGCUUCCCACCUACCGUAUGGUCUCGCGGGUAAUCGCAUAAAAUACCUACCAACUGUUUUGAAAAGCCUUUCAGUGCAUUGCACUUUUCAUCAAAUUCUCCGACACAUUAGGGAAUCCUGCAUUCACCAUGGCACAGCAAUCUCCAUCGCCUGCUGAUUCUCUCGCAGCCAUUGCAAAUCUUACGGAUGAAAUAACCCUUCAGCAAGUUUAUCUAGUUUCUUUGAACGAUUCCUCGGGAGAUCAAUCAUCGCGCAGAGCAGAAAUCGAGGCUGAGAUUGCCACUCUGAGAAAGAAACUUUCCACCCUUCAAGCUUCCUCCUCCCACGCUCAAGCUUCCUCUACUUCUCAUAAUAACUCCUACAUACGACCAUCCAAUAUACCUCGUUCGAAGAUGAAUAGCGCGGUCGGGCGAGGAGGCAAUGCUGGCUAUCAAUUCAAAAAAGAAGGCGAGUCAAUGGAAUCAUUAUCCUCCACAGCUUCGACACCUGGUUCUGGAGCCUCGAUGGUUGGUUCUGGCUCACAUCGAGCUGACCUCCCUACUCGAAAGCGUACUCUUAGCAAACAUUUAGAUACGGUUGCCCCUUUCGAAGAAAUCAAAUCUCGGCGAACAACACCGAGUCCUUUUGCAACAGGUGCAACAACUCCUUCGGGAGGCUCAGGGUAUGGUUAUAAUGCAAAUGGUGAUGGAUACUUUGACCUCACUAUGUUUGUCCCUCGUUCUAUCAUCGCCCUUGAUUCCAUAGUUCCUUCGUCAAUGCUAAAAUAUAAGAGAACGCAUAGACUAAUAUGUCUAACUCUUAGGGAUGAUGAUAUAAUAAUGUUCGAUCCCACCUUUACCGAACGCCAGAAGCAAGAGGAACAAAAAUUCCAAAGAGAGAGGCAAGAUGCAGAGCUUGCUAGUAGCCUUGCAAGCUCAAAUAGCCCUGUCUCAAACACGCCUAUCACUAGCUCGAAGCCUUCCGCUUUCAGCAGGCUGUUCGGAGGUCAUUCCGGAAGUCUCGCACAGGCUUCUACCUCUCACGGCACUCAAGCUGCCAAGUCCUCCGCGAUGUCAAACACUUAUGACUUUCAUAAUAAUAACAGUUCCUCAAGUAGAAGUCUUCCGUGGAAAAAGGGUUCAAGUUCUAGUCUCAAGGCCGAUCCACGAACAUCGCCUUAUGUUCAACCUUCAUCUUCAGGGUUCGUUGACUGGGGCUCUGGUGGUACUACAGGUAUGCACCAGGAACGAUCUUCUACUGCUACGAAUUCCAAUCUUAACCCAUUUCCAGAAUCGACGAUGCCUGGUACUUACAUUGAUGAUGUGGCUAGUGAUUCAUCGAUUGAAAUCAUCGACCCUUCCGCAUUCAAGGAUAAUGGUCGUCAGAAAGCCACAACUUCGAGGACUACCAACUAUUAUGGUCAGCCAGGUCCAACUUAUUCAUCAGAAACCCGCGCUCUGGGAGAUACUGCUAUUAGCCGUUCAAACACCAGCUUACAGGAUGUUUCCGCUUUACAGAAUUGGGCCAGAAACUCUUCAAAUGCAAUGGAAAAUCCAAGUGGAAAUAUCAAUAAUACCUCGACUUGGAUGACAGGAAAUCAUGCCGAUGGAAUGAAUUAUGAAAGUCGAGUAGGAGAGCAGAAUAAUUAUGUAACUUCGUGGGAGAGGGGUCAAUCAUUUAGUUCCUACAAUGAAUUGAACGCUGGAUAUACAGAUUUCCCCAUGAACGGCACACCUUCUACCAUGUCUUACAAUAAUACAAAUUCGCCUGGGGCAUAUCCCCUCGGUUAUUCCAAUUCCACAAUGCCUCGGACUGUUCCAGGAUCAAUAACUGGAAGCAUGCAUUCUUCACAUCUCGAAAACAGUAUGCAUGGGCCAGGCUCGGCUUUCAAUAUCGAUUCUAUGCCAGAACACGGUAUGGGUUCAACUAAUUUUAAUUCCUUACGAGGCACAGUCAGUAAUCGAGGCAAUCUUUCGGACGUUGAAUCGAACCUUGGCUUUUUAUCUCCUUCGUUCGCAUAUGCCCCUCAGAUGACAGAACGAAUGGAGCAUGUCAUCAAUGAUCCGAGAAAAACUGAAAAGGAGAUUAAAGACCUGUUGGAGAAUAUCAAAGCCGAGGUCGAGAUCCCGUUAGAAGACCGAGAGGGAACACCUGAAGGAUUGAGAUAUCCGUUGUAUGAGCACCAGAAAAUUGCUUUAACAUGGUUGAAACAAAUGGAGGAGGGCAGUAACAAGGGGGGGAUCUUAGCAGACGAUAUGGGUCUAGGCAAGACAAUCAGUACUUUGUCACUCAUUCUAUCACGACCAUCAAUCGACCGUACGUGCAAGACUACACUUAUAGUUGCGCCUGUUGCCCUCCUUCGCCAGUGGAAUAGCGAAAUAGCUUCGAAGACAUUGCCAACGCAUGAACCCAGUGUCUACAUGGCUCAUGGAAACAGCAAGAAACCUACUUGGGAUGAUCUCCGAAAACAUGAUGUAGUCCUUACAACUUACGGGACUUUGGCUGCGGAGUAUAAUCGACUUGUGAAAUUCGAAGAAGAAUGCAAACAAAACGGUAUCACGGAGCCUGACCCAAAUCAGCUGGUCAAGGAUUUCCCGCUCUUGGGCCCUAGGAGCCGAUUCUAUCGUGUGAUUCUCGAUGAAGCGCAAAGCAUCAAGAACAAAGCCACAAAAUCAGCCGCUUCGGCUUGUAGACUAAGAGCGCUGACUAGGUUUUGCCUUACCGGCACACCGAUGAUGAACAACAUUACCGACCUUUAUUCGUUGAUUAAAUUUCUGCGCAUUCGACCUUACAACAAUUGGUCUGCUUUUACAAAGGAUUUCGGCUGUCUCUCCAAAGGAGGUUCACAUACAGAGGAAUAUCUCAGAAAGACCAUGCAACGUCUGCAAGGUGUUUUGAAGGCCAUUCUCCUCCGUCGGACGAAGAAAUCUCAAAUUGAUGGAAAACCGAUUAUUAACCUACCACCAAAGGUAGAAAAUAUCGAUCAUGUUGUUUUUAGCAAAGACGAGCAGGAAUUUUAUCAAGCUCUUAAGGAUAAGACUCAACUUCAAUUCAAUAAGUACAGGAAGGCUGGAACUGUUGGAAAGAAUUACUCGAAUAUCCUUGUCUUGCUACUUCGCCUCAGACAAUGUUGUUGCCAUCCGCAUCUGAUUAUUGAUCUUGAAGAAGCCGCAGCGGGUUCAGCAGAGCUCACAGAGGAACAGAUGAUUGAUCGCGCAUUGGCCCUUGAACCAGAUGUUGUCUCAAGACUACUUGCUGCAGAUGGAGGGUUCGAAUGUAAUAUCUGCUACGAUGCAACUCCUAAUCCCAGUAUAAUCAUCCCUUGUGGACACGAUAAUUGUCACGAUUGUUUGAUGGCUUUAUCUGAGCAGGCCAAGCAGGCAGCGCGAGGCGAUGAUGAUGGUGCCAUGGCCCUCAAAUGUCCAAGUUGUCGUGGAAAGCUCGACAUGGCAAAUCUUAUCGACUACACAAUUUUCAAGAAGGCACAUAUGCCAUUGCCGGAAGUCAAGGAGGAAGAGACUGUCGACGAUGCCGUUGAAAGUAGUGAUGAUAGUAACAGCGACACCGAAUCCGAAUCCGACUCUGAUACCAAAUCUGAUGAUGUUGACGAGAAUGGAAGUUUAGACGGUUUCGUAGUCCCCGAUGAGGUCGAAGAUGAUGAGGCUGAGCAAGGUAACGAUGAAAUUGGUUUAGCAUCGAGGGAUCCUACAUCCGAGUCAAAAUCAAAAUCAACAUCGAAGUCCAAAUCUAAGACAAAGGCGAAGAAAAAUAAGGGCAAAGGGAAGGAGGUUGACAAGCAGAAGCAACAUCUUUCAAUUGCCAUGAUGAAGAAAGAGGCUUCUCGAUCUAUUGCAGGUCACAAGAAGUACAUGAGAUAUCUUCGAAAGAAUUGGCAAUCAUCUGGAAAAGCCGAUAAGUGCGUCGAACUUCUUGAAAUUUUUCAAAAUGAAGGUGAAAAGACAAUUGUCUUCAGUCAAUUUGUGACAUUUCUUGAUCUCCUCCAGGUGCCCAUUGGAGAGAAGGGUUGGGAAUGCGAGCGCUACGAUGGAAGUAUCAAUUCCAAACGUCGAGACGAGGCAAUCAAGCGGUUCCAGGACAAACCGGAUUGUAAUAUCAUGCUCAUUUCUCUCAAGGCCGGCAAUGCAGGACUCAACCUAACCGCAGCAUCUAGAGUUAUUAUUCUCGAUCCAUUCUGGAAUCCAUUCAUUGAGAUGCAAGCGGUCGAUCGUGCUUAUCGCAUUGGUCAGAUGAAACCAGUUCAGGUUCAUCGCAUUUUAGUACAAGAAACAGUUGAAGAUCGUAUCAUGCAGUUGCAACAACAGAAAAAGAGCUUGGUAGAGUCUGCACUUGACGAAGGUGCUAUGAAGAGCGUGGGGAGACUUGACGAGAAGCAACUGGCUUUUCUUUUCGGUGUCUGAGGCAUUCGAACAUGUUUUCCUUGACUCUCAUACGUGCUCAAUUGCUUUUUUGAAAUGGGUUGUACAAUCAUUAUGAGGCGUUUCGGGGAAUUCAUGAUUAUGAUUUGGCUGGUUAUAUUUCUUUCUUUGUAUACAUUGGCAUGGCAAGCAGAAUAAAAUAUGGCGAACUUUUGGGCUGGGUUGGAACAAAAUGGGAUGGGAUGGGAUAGAUAGUCUUGUGCAUUGCAAGGGGGAAAAAAUUAUCUGGGAUUCUCUUUUUGUUUGGUCGCUUUCGUCGGAUCUUGAUACCCUAUCACCAUGGCGUUUUUUUCACAGGGAGUGAUGGAUGCAUUUACGAUAAAUUACGAGCUGUGGAAAAUGAAUUCAUCAUGUUCUAUUUGCCACAUCAUCUGUGAUCUUGUUGGUUUCUUUAAGUUUGUUAGAGGAUGUUGUUGAUGAAGUGCGUAAAACUAUCGAGGUCGGGAUUGGGAUUGAAGAUGUGUAUUGGCGUGGUUGAGAGCUGGAGCGGAGACCUCUGAGAAACUGGAGAUGAAAUACUAGAUGAAGGGAUGGGAGAAAUGCAUAGAUAGCUAAUCUAAAUUCUGGGUGGGGGAGGGGG